AUGAUGCUGCGCCUCCUCCUCGCGGUCCUGUGUCUGGUGUCUUGUGGCCUGGCCGCCCCCCGGCCGGUCAGGGUCAGGGCCAGAGGGAACGGCCGGAUAAUCGGCGGCACCUUCACCGACAUCGCCAGCUACCCGUGGAUGGUAUCCAUGCAGAUCAACGGCCUCCACUACUGUGGGGCCUCCGUCAUCAGCAGCAACUGGGUUCUGUGCGCCGGCCACUGCAUCUACGGCGCCAACCUCGCCACCUACAGUUUGAGGGCCGGCACCACGACCCGCGAGAGCGGCGGUGUCGUGUCCGCCGUGGCGUACGGCGCACUGCAUGGCUACUACAACCCCACCACGAUAGACUAUGACAUCUCGGUGAUGCAGGCAGCCACUCCGUUCCCCAUCGGUGGCAACAUACAGAUCGUGGGUCUCCCUGCCCAAGGCUACGACCCGCCAGGCGGGCUCGCAGUCAGCGUCACUGGCUGGGGAGGCACGGCCACCACGGGGCCGCCUGCGCCGCCCACGAUGAUGAAGGUGGACAUCAACAUCAUCGACCGCGCGACCUGCGUGACCAUUUUUGGCGUCACCGACCGCAUGAUCUGCGCCGGCGAGGCCGGCAAGAGCACCUGCAUUGGCGACUCCGGAGGUCCGCUCGUCAGCGGCAGCACUCAGGUCGGCAUCGUCUCAUGGACAUACUCACCAUGCGAGGCCCAAGGCGGCGUCUACUCUAACGUCGGCAACCUCCGUUCCUGGAUCACGGCUGCCGCUGGCGUCUGA